CUCUUUUUACAUCCCUAAACUCAGUAUGCUUUCUCAUAAUUAUUAUUGCUAUUAGGUUAAUUUCUGAAGAGACCUUUAUGACCCCAAGCUUUCAUAUUUGUGACCCCAGGUGGGUUCCCGAGCCCAACUUUGAACUCAGUGGAAGCCGCGAAUCGGAGGCUAACUUCGUCGUCGCGUUGAACAAAAAUUUUAUCUAGAUUAUCUUUUUAUAUUUUAAACAAAUGGCUGACAUUUUAUCAUUGAAAGAAUCGGUUCUGGUUUAUUUAGACAGAAGUGGUGGUCUUCAGAAACUUGCGGACGACUGCAGACCUCUAAACGACCCCCAGCAGACCGAGGCAGUCUACAGGUUCAGGGUUCUUGUAAAUCCUUCAGAUUUAAUAGAAAUGGAUCCUAGACUAGGGGACUGUGUUCUGCAUGAUCCCCUCAGAGCGACCGGUCUGUUUCAGUCAGUGUGUUUUUUGGCUAUAAAAACACUUUCACUUACUGACAAAAUACAUACAGCGAGUCAGGUGAAUGUUUCUCUGAAUUUUACACAUCUUCCUCCAUUCCCUGAGUACACGUUGGACCUUAGUGGUUUUCACCAAGUAUACGGUCCUAUGAGGCCCGUCUCCAUGGAGGGGGCAGUCAUUGCCAUAACGAGGGUCAUGAAAUACACCCAGGGGGCAAGAUUCCUUUGUACUGAUGAUGACUGCCCUGGAGCUACAGGAUUCCACCACAUCCGAGUUCACACACCUGGAGCCACUGAGUCAGCCACGGUGAGAAACGACUUCAGCUGCAUGAUCUGCAGCUCCCAGCUGAGGGAGGAUGUGAAGUUUAGAGUGUUAGGAGACAAACAGCUGGUGGAGCUGAUCCAUGUUGGAGCGUUGGAUGUUCUGAGAGGCCGACAGCAGAGCUCUUUCAGAUACCAAUCUGUCACUCUGUUUCUCAGAGCUGAACUGUGCCACUCGAUGACAAUCGGUCGACUCUACAGGGUGGUAGGCAUCCCUGUGCUUGUGCAUCAGUGGCCGAGCAUUACCUGGAGCAUGGAGGCAAACAGUGUUCAGCCAUGGGAGCCACAUUCUCUCCCUCCAGGCUGCCUUAAAGUGUCCCCCAGAUUCCUGGAGCUGUCGGAGUGCGUGGCUUCUUCUCCCUGGAGGUUCCCCGCCAUCGUCGCUCACUGCUUUGGGCUGGACCUGACUCCUCCUGGCUUGUACAACACACUUAAACUGUGUCUGCUGCUCAGCUUGGUGCAGACCAGAACCGAUGCAAACGAUCCCAGUUUGGAUCUCCUGGUGGUCACAGCUGACACACUCGUAUUAGACAGACUAAUGGCAUACAGUUUGAGUCUGGCGUGUCGCGGGGUCAGACAUCAGGCCUCCGCUGAGAUGUUUGCCUCUCUGUCCCGAGACGAACAUGGAGCAGGAACCGCCAACAUCCACGCUGGCUCUGCACUACUCGCCUCUGGGGGCAUUUGCAUGCUGGGAGAUCUUGGCUUUUACAGAAAGGACAAACUGGACAACAUACAGUCAGGUUUGCCCCCUCCUCCUGGUUUGGUAAGUUCAGCAUCUUUUGAUGAAGGUUUAGGAGUGCAUGUCUUUAUUUUGUCAGUUCUGGAGAGCCGCUCUGUGUCUGUGUUCAUCCCUGGGAAGAAGUACGGAGAGGAAGCUGACCAGCAGCUUUCCUUUCCAGUCCAGUGCAACUUCUGGGCUCUCACAGACUCCUCUCAGCGGUCUGGGAGGGCGGACUCAGCUGUACUGGGAACUGCAGACAUGGGUCCUGUGCAAGCCCAGCUAGCAGAAACGUUUGGCCUCGUCAUUCAGUGUGGAGACAGGGUGGGAGAGCGGGGCGUAGUCGCCCAGGCUGUCCACACCCUCCAGCAGACUGUGCAACCUGGAAGUCACCCUCAUCCAUCUUGCUGGGAUUUUUCCACUGAAGACUACCAGGAGCUGGUGGCUCAUUCUCGUGGUUUGGAAGUGGAGCUCAGCCCCGACGCAAAGAAACUGAUCCAUGGUUACUACAUGGCGAGCCGUCGAGCUCGCACUCAGAGUCAGGGAGUCAAGAUUUCUUUGGCCUCCAUCAAACUGCUGAUCUCUUUGGCCGAGGCUCACUGCAAGCUAUGCCUCAGGACUAAAGUACUGGAGGAAGACGCAGUGAUCGCCGUGCUGCUGUGUGAAAACUCAGUCACUCUCAAGCAUGGGGCCUCUGCCCUGGUUAUCCCCCCUGAUGCAGUUUUUCCUUGUGACUUGGGAGAUGUGGACGGUCUACAAAGGAGAGACGCCGCUCUGGACGAGCUCCACCAGAUCAUCUUACGCUUUGUCUAUACAUUCGCACCAGGGGCCGAUGCGUAUAUUACAGAGGAGUAACAUCUCUCAAAACUAUUCAGUAAGGUAGGAAGAAAAAGCAACACAAUUCAAAGUCACACAUUCUGCAGCAAUUUAGAUUUAUAAAGUUUAUUAUUUAUAACAGAAAUGUGACUUGAAAGACUAAAAAAAAAAACAUUUUAGAAAUAUACUUUAUUGUCCUGUAGUAGCAAAGUGAAAAGCAAAUAGAAGCAUGCAUUUUCACACAAAGUAUAAAA